CACAACAGGUAUAAGACAGGUCGGGCUCAUGUCAUGCUUAUAAGCUCCCCUGGUCCCCCACCCCUACCCCCCCACCAUGACCAGCACCCUCCCCCCCGCGCCGCUCCUGGUGGGGGGCGCACACCCGUUACACGCCCCCCACCCCUCGCACGCCCCCCACAUAUGCAGGGAACGCCGAACCAGCCUCAUGGACAGCGGGGGGCUUGUCCUGGGGGGGUCGGAGUGCGGCGCCCCUCCUAUGCUGAACGGCCUUGACCCCGCCCCUCCUUACGCCAUGUACCCCCCUCAUGCCCUCGUGUACGACUCUGAGGGGGAGGCGAGUGAGGGGAGCGGUAGCCAGACGGAGGGGGAGGGGGAUGGAGGGGAGACAACAACGGAGGGGGAGCGGUCACCUGAGCCUCGCGUGGGGUAUGUGUCAACCUUCUUCCGCUGUGGGUGUAGCUGCUGCUGGAGGUAUCAACUGUGCAGGAUGGGUGGCAAGAGCUAUGGGUACUCGCCGCCCUCCGCUGUGUUUGAUGACGACCCGGGCAUCAUGAGCGAGGCGGAGACGGCGUCCACGGGGUUCCGGCGCGGGGGGAAGCAGCGGGCCUCUCUGCCACCCGCGCGCUCCCCCUCCGCCAAGACUCUGGACGCGCGAUCCUUCGGUGAGUGUUAGGGUGAAUGGAGGAUACGGACCGCAGCGUUGCCAAAGUGUCGUACUCUGAACAUUGCAUUUAUAAUUUUCAGGCUCCAAGAAAAGGUUAAGAGGGUGGAAUAAAUAAGUUGUUAAUAAUUACACUCUAUACAGAGAUACUUUAAUGGCGUGAAGAAGGAGUUGGUAUUUUAAUGGAGAGACAAUAGCGAGCAGGGUAAAGUUAAAAGUUAAUAGGUGAAAUUUAUGUUAAUGGGAGACUUUAAUGAGUGAAGAGGUUUGAAGAGGGAGACGGAGUGAAUGGAGGAGCGAAAAAGGGAAUGAGUUGAUAAUAGAAAAAAAAGUGAGGAAAACAAGGAAAGGAAACAUCAAAAGAGGAAAGAAAAGGGAGAAAUAUGAAAUGAAAAGUACGGAAGAAAAGGUGAAAAUGGGUAGACUUAAUAGGAAGAGUUAAUGGGGAAAGUUAAUGUAGAGGUUAAUGGAUGAAGUAGAGGAUUUAAGAGGGUUACUAAAGGGUUGAGGGGGAGAGCUAUGGGUUAAUGGAUAGGGGUAGUGGGUAGGCCUAAUGAAUAUAGUUAAUGGGUGAUUAUGGUGAUUAAGGGAUGAAGGUGAGAGAAUGGUUUAAGGUGUGAAAGAAGAGAGUGAGAGAGAGUGAAAGUGAGUGA